GUCUGCCCGGAGCCUCGCCUCGCCUCGCCUCGCCUCGCCUCGCCUCCGGCCUUUUCCUGCCGCUCUCCUCGCCUCGGCCGCCUUCCCUCCCCAGAGGCGGCGCCCUUCUGCGUUUUUUCCCUCCGAAACCCAACGCCCGGGCUUCACCGAGCUCCCAGCCCCGGACGACGUGAGGGUCACCACGGAGGCUCGGGGAGGAGGCGGGCGCGGAUCGGAGCUGCCCGCCCCCACCUUCGCGUCCUGCCUGCCCGCCCCCCCAAACUCCCAGAUCGCAGCCUGCUGCCUGCUUGGAUUUGCUUUUUUCCCUCCGCUCCCAUCGUUAUGGAGCACAUGAGGCUUUUAUUUUUUAUUUUUUUAAAAAUCUGCUCCUUUUCCUGAUCUGCCCCGUUUCUUGGUGUGGUCAUCUUUAAAUUGCCCCCAAGACCACUGAGGUUUCUCUUAAGGUGUGAGGUCCGUGUUUGGGGUCCACAGCACCCGAGGAGCCUGCCCCGGAGAAUGAAUGGGCCACGCCCGUCCUGUCCCAUUUGCCAGCUGGCUGUUGGGCGACAGUGAUUGACAAGACCACGAGGCCGAGCGCGCCCGGAUUUCUCUAUAAAUGGCUUAAAACCCCAGUCUAGACGAUUUAGUCGGACAGAAGGGAAGACAAUUGCUUUCUUGUUCUUUGCCGGUGAACUCCAGCCCCAGGGGCUGACCAGGAAUUUAACUAAGUCUUCUUCCUCAGCUAGCAGAGGAGGAGAAAAGCAGCCAGGACCCGAGGCAGGGUAGGCAGUGGAGGGCCGCCCUUGCCUGGCACUCGUGCCUGGGUGUUGGAUUGUCUGGUCGAGCUUUUUCUGUUGGCUUGGGUACCCCGGUGGAGCACACCGUGUGAUGGACCGCACUAUGGGAUGCUCAGCUGAUUGUACAGGAGAAGGAGGAUCCCCAAAGGUGGCGAAGACAUUUGAGGCUAAAGAUUUAAUAAUCACACAGGCUACCACUUUUAAGGCUAAACCAGACCCAAGUAAUCUGGUUUUCGGAACUGUGUUUACGGAUCACAUGUUGAUGGUGGAGUGGUCCUCUGAGUUCGGAUGGGACAAGCCUCACAUCAAGCCUUUUCAGAAUCUGUCACUGCAUCCUGGGUCGUCAGUUUUGCACUAUGCUGUGGAAUUGUUUGAAGGUUUGAAGGCAUAUCGAGGACAUGAUAAUAAAAUUCGGCUGUUUCGGCCAAACCUCAACUUGGAAAGGAUGUAUCGAUCAGCCGUGAGGGCAACUUUGCCGGUAUUUGACAAGGAAGAGCUUCUACAGUGUAUCCAGCAGCUUGUGUCUUUGGAUCAAGAAUGGGUCCCCUAUUCCACUGCUGCUAGUCUAUAUAUUCGUCCCACGUUCAUCGGGACCGAGCCUUCCCUUGGAGUCAAGAAGCCCACCAAAGCGUUGCUCUUUGUCAUCCUGAGCCCAGUGGGACCGUAUUUUUCAAGUGGAUCCUUCAAGCCAGUGACCCUGUGGGCCAGCCCACAGUAUGUCAGAGCCUGGAAAGGUGGCACUGGGAACUACAAGAUGGGAGGGAAUUAUGGCUGCUCUCUGUUUGCCCAGUACCAUGCCGGGGAGAUGGGCUGUCAGCAGGUCUUGUGGCUCUACGGAGAGGAUCAUCAGAUAACUGAAGUUGGGACGAUGAAUCUUUUCCUUUACUGGAUCAAUGAAGAUGGAGAAAAAGAACUGGCAACUCCUCCACUAGAUGGCAUCAUUCUCCCAGGAGUGACGCGGCAGAGCAUCCUGGACCUGGCCCGUGAGUGGGGUGAAUUUAAGGUGUCAGAGAGGUACCUCACCAUGAGUGAUCUGACCAGCGCCCUGGAUGAAAACAGAGUAAAGGAGAUGUUUGGCUCUGGGACAGCCUGCAUUGUCUGCCCAGUUUCUGAUAUACUGUACAAGGACCAGAUGAUACACAUUCCAACCAUGGAGAAUGGGCCUGAGCUCGCAAGUCGAAUCUUGGAGAAGCUGACUAAUAUCCAAUACGGAAAAGAAGAGAGCGCCUGGACAAUCGUAGUAUCCUGAAUGAGAGCUACAGAUCAACUGUAUGCUAUUGAAAUAGGCUGCUGCCCUCGGAUUGUGAUAGAUUUUUUUUUUUUGUAUAUGUGAUAGAUUUCUUAAGCAACCUGUCAGUAGUUGUAUAUAAUGUAGUUCGUCUUAUUUGUGUGUUAUGAGGGUGGUUUCUUUUUUCUUGUGCCUGAGACUAUGAAUUUUCAUCAUCAGUUGUUUUGUAAACUUGGGUAUAGUUGCUUUCUUUACCUUAUAAUGUAAGCCAUAUAACAGAGUUUCUUCCGUCAUCUGAGUGCCUCCAUUAGAACUUCGCUCAGAUCCAAAAUGUUGAUUCUUUAGUAGAAUGUGUGCGUCCUCAAGUAAAUGAUACUUGUGUGUGUCUGGACUUGGAUAAUUUCUGUAGGUAAUGUUCUUUGUGACGCAUUGUUACUCUUAGAAACGCUCAGAAAGUGGUUUUAUUUUGUUUCGUAAGAUCUUGGAAAACUUGAUUUCUUUCUGUCACAUGUGUGUGCAGGCCCCUAAUGCAUCUGUGCACCGGUAGACCUGAGCAUGUUCACCAUUGUCUUGAUCAUGUAGUAUUGUACCUAUGUACUCAUCAGGCUACGGAAGACGGAAGGUCUUAACGCCUUAGGGAUCUUUGUAUGCCCAAUGCCUGGCACAUAGUGGGUACUCAGUAAAUAUCUAUUGAAUGAAUGAACAAACAUUUAGCUUCUAUAGAAGUGCACCUUCUAUGUUUCUAUAUUAUGAAACCUCUUUGUUAGAAUUGUGAUUGACUCCAACAGUGUGUGUCAUAUUUACCUCAUAUUAGCCUCAUUUUCCAUGAACUCCUAAGUCGUUAGAGGUGCUGAGAGCCACAGUGAGGGAAGACACUUGGAUUUAAAGCAGUGGCCCUGGAGAGAGAAAAUUCAUGAUAUCAUACCAACCAAGUAGGGAUGACACAUGUCAUUGGUGAAGUGUUAAAUCAUUUGGGGUGAGGCGUAGAAGCCAGGGAGAUAGUCUGGUUUUAUGCUUUUGUUUUUGUAGGUGCUCUUUUCUUUUGAGUGAGGAUUGAUAGAAUAUAUGGUUAUGGUGGAGAGAGAGCAAUUACAGGGAAUGUUUUUCCUCCUUUUGGAGCUGUGAGUUAAACAUUGUAUCCUUUCUUAGUUUAUCUAGGGGAAAGUGAAAUCUUGACAGAAAACAUUACCAGUGGAAGGUCAACUCAGACAUUGUAUUUUGGUUUUCCUCAGUCUUAAUGCCUUUCAUCUUGCUGAUCAUAUUUCAUUCUCUUUUCAGAGCAGGGGAGAAAACAUUCUAGAAGUUUGAUGCAUUGGAAAAUUUUCCUUUAGGCAUUUAACAACACAUAGCAAAUGGGCUUUGAUUCGUCUCCAAAACUUGUAGCUGUAGGGUCUUUUUUUAGACAGGAAUGGUAAAAUAAAAAUUAGAGAAGGCUAAGAUGAAAAGGAAUGGUAAAAAUGUCUUUUAGGGAACUUUUAAUUGGUGAUGUGAACUCUUAGGCAGGUCUUCUCUUUUAGGCUCAGAGUAUUCUUAGAGUGUUCUAACGAGAUGCUUUCACCUUUGCUAAAUCUUUUUGACCUCAUUCUUAAUAUAACAGUCUCAACAGGACUUCCAGGAAAUUUUAACUGUGAAGACAAGCGUAAUAACUAGAUUGAUUUCUAUGAGCAAGGAAAUUUACUUGUUUGCCAUAUUUAUAUUUCAUACUUUGCAUUUCUAAAUUUAGUGUACCCAUCGUGAAAGUUAGGGAACAUUAUGUUUAUAUGAUUUCUUUCAUAAAAACAUGAGAGCAUGCUAAACCCUUUGUACCACACUCAGAAAAGAUGAAAAGACAUACAUCUUAAAAACUGGACAUCUCUUAUUAUAGGGAACAUAAUAUGCUAUUCUCUGUUAAGCAAUAAGACAGGAAAUUGACCUUGAUACUGACUUGUUAAAUAGAUUUAAAAGGAGCAUCUGUACUUCUUUUUUUCUUGUGCACUAUUUAUUUAAUUGCAGUGGGGUAAAGCGGUCACAUUAUAUCACUAGGCAAGAGUGUCACAUUAUAACUAGGCAAUUAUCCAUUCCUCAAGACUUAGUUAUCGCAACAUUAAUUGAUCAUUUAAGUCAUAAGAUAGGCAAGCAUUAGGAACAUGUGAGGCUAAUCUGCUCAAAAAGAUCAACAAAUUAAUAUUGUUGCUGAUAUUUGCAUAAUUGGCUGCAAUUAUUUAAUGUUUAAUUGUGUUGAUCAAAUGAGAUUCAGCAAUUCACAUGUGAAUGACUAUAAACAGAACUGGUGGCAGUUAAAACGAUAAUGAUUAACUUAUUUUUGCAUGUUCCCUUCCUCCCACUUUUCCCAGCUUUUACAUUUUAGACUGACUUUGUCAGCUUUUCCCAAACACAGGAGUGAAAACCACAAUAUUAAAAUGAGAUAUUCAGAUGUAGACAAAACUUGAUCAUUUCCUAAAAAGAUUUUCUGUUAGAUAUAUGUUUUUGGGGCACCCGUUUGUCAAGGAUUCAACCCUGGAUGCAGCACAAGAACCAACUUCUAGCUGGAUGUGUACCAUGCUGUCUAGUACGGCGAGGCUGGAGGAGUUGAAAAAUUAGUAAUACCUGGGUGGGCCUUUGCUUUCAAAAGGAAGAGGAAAAAGAACACAGAAAGAAAGAAAUGACUGAGAAGCCUUGUUAGGGAAUCAUAGUUUUAUACCUCCUGUAUUUUUUUUUCCUCAAAAGAAAGAUAGCUUUAAGAAAUAAACAAAUAAGGCUGGGGAUUUAGCUCAGCAGCGUUAAGUGCCUGCCUUGCAAGCACGUGGUUGUGAGUUCAAUCCCUGAUACCGGUAAAAAAUAAUAAAGAAAAAAGAAAUAAACAAAUAAAGCAUACGGUGCCAUGCAACAUCAGCUCCCCUAGAGACACCAACAUUCUGUGUUAACUCCUCCUAGGUUAAAGUUCUUCACCCUAAAGCUGAACCUAAACACGCAAUCUUACUUGCGUAAGAUUAUCUGAGUGGUAUUGGGCAUGUGAAGGCCAUCUUAGUCUGUAUGACUGUAAAGGUUUUAUUAACCUGAAGUUUUAAAUCCGCUUUAGGGGAAUUCUGCUGUGAAAACAACUGCUAAAAUGAGAGAUUUCUUAACCUGCCCCAUUCAUGCUCUGGCAUGGUGUUCUGCUUCUUUUCAAAAUUAUGUGUUUGGUUUACUCUAAGAUUGAGAAAAAUGUCUUUGACAGCAUUUGUUCACUUUCGGUGAAUGAUACUAGACUAGUAAAUAUUCAUCAGGUGCGCCAAGGCCAAGGGCUUAAUGAGGGCUCAGGGAACCCUUUCAUGUCCUGGUUCUAAAUGUGAUUAGAGAACCCCUACUUGCAAUUUCUGCAUCAUCCAUGAGUUUUUCAAGAGCUCAAGAAUUCUUUUAAAGCGUAUGGCUCUCAUCUAAAUACAAUUAGAGAACCCUUCCUUGUAAUGUAGAUUUCCUGUUCUGCGUGUAUGCAAAAACUUGUUACAAAAAAGGGUAAUGUUGAUGAGUAAUUUCAGUGGACACUUUAUAUCAUUGUCUCUUUGUUUUCUACAAACAGAAUUCAUUUAGCUAUUUAUGAUCCAGAUACCCCUUCCCAAAACAAGGCAGAGGGUAGUGAGUGUGCAUUCUGGAUAAAGAUCAGGGAGAUUAUUAUUUAUUUGCCAAAUAUUGAUCGAGCACCCACAAAAGUGCAUCUUCUACAAAUAGCAAUAGUUUAGAAAGUUAGUUUUAGAAAAUAAAUAAUACAUAAACAUUACCUCAUGAAGUGUGUACUCUAUUACUUGAACGAACUUUAGAUAUAAAAGCAGUAUUUGUGAAGCAUUCAAUGAAGAUAACAGUGGAAGGCCAGAGCACUUCUCUUAUAUUAAGGAAUCACAGUGAAGGUUUCAUCUCACUUUUUUAAGAACAAUAUUCCUGUGUGCAUCUCUGGUGCAAAACUACUCAGUAAGGUUAGUAUUUAAGGUUAUUAAUCCAUGGCGAGUGGUCUGAAUUACCUCCUUCUGGUUUGUGUCUUCCUAUCAACCUAGAAUCAUGGUUGUCCGCAUCCUUUUGGAGUAAUGUUAUGGUACCUCUUGCAGAAUACCAUAGAUUUCAGCAUACUUCCUGAUCUUUUUAAAUUCAAACCCAGAUAAUAUUGAAAUGAAGACAGUGACCUGGAGUAAAUUUUUCUAGGAAAUGUUGAUUAUGAAUCAAGCUGUUUAAACUGAUAGCUUGAAGGUGAUUGAUGCAGCUGCUCAGAAAAGAACUUUUAUGUGACCUUGAUUUUUCAGUUUCAAGUUUUUAAUAAGAAAGGCCAUUUAAAUAUCGGAAAGAAAUCAUCUUCAACAUUUCCACAAAUCCCCCUUACCAUGCAAAGAUAGAAAUGGUGAUUUAUUUUUCAUCAUUAGCACAUAGUACAGAAUUAAAAGACUUCCCAUGUUUCCUCUGGAGAGACUGAUCAUGAAAUAUAUCAGUCAGGUAGCAUCUGUGAGUGAAUAAUUUGCUGGAGUCAAACAGAUGUAAACAUAUUUUCCAGUAGAUGAAAUUUCAGUCUUAGCAAUUAAAAUGCUAAUUUAAAACACAGAGUCAAGAAAUUUGGAAAUUUUGAGUUUUCCAUCUAGAAGUAUAUUUUUCAUACCAUGAUAAUCCCAACUAACUAGAUUUAAAAUCUAGGUUGCCUAAGGUAAUCCACUAUUGGAAUAGCAAGAAUUAAUGUAAACUGGGAAUAAAUUAUACGUUUGCUAACAGAUUUCUCUGCCAUACAGUAUCACAAUGGUUAGGUUCCUUUUUGUGCAUUGUUAGAGUAUGGAAAAAAAAUGAGUGAGAGAAGUUAUCAGAGAAAGAACAAGGUAGCCAAGAGAAAGAAUGAUGGGGAAGAAAAUCAGACUCACUUCUGUGUUGUUCAAAAGAGCUUUUCCAUAUUUUGCCAGGCACUAGGAUUUUCAGUCUUUAGUAUGUGUCAAAUGCAGACAGUGCAAUUAGGAAGUAACUGACACUAAUGGCUGGUCCAUCAGAUAUUAGCACUAAGUGACAGUCUUGAGUUUAUAAUCCAACAGUCAUGUUAGGGAGAUGUCACUGUAGACGGCUACCAAUUUGGAUAAGAUUUUAUAAUUGCAGUCUAUGAGAUUUAUUGUAUCAUUUCUUUAAGCAUUUUGUUCUCAUGUUCAUGAGACAUCUUGAAGCCAAAUAAGCGACAAGGAAUAGAUUUUGACUGGUUUUUUGCUCAGAAAUACUGUUUGUCACUCCACCCCAAUCCCGCCCUUUCCCUUGAUGAAAGUCAGCAGAUUUGGAAAUUGAUUGAAUAUUAUUUAGCUUUUACCUGAAACGUGUUGCAACAUGCUGCGAUUUUGGUCUCAGACUGAGUUCACAUGGUCAUUGAAAUCAUUCUCAGGGUUAAGAAACACAAAUAGUCUUCUCAAUUUCUGCAUCCCCCAUGAGUUUUUCAAGAGCAUAAGAAUUCUUUUAAAGAUUAUGGCUCUAAACACAUUUGAAUCACAUCUUUAAAAUAAAUCAGCUAACUGUUGGCAUCUGGAAUUUCUGCAGGUGUUUCCCUGGCGAUCAGAACACUGAAUGACCCAUAGUAUACAAGUUAGCUACUACACAGAGCUGAAGCCUGACACUCAGUUUUAAAGAAUUUGUGCCUAUUUGUUAUGGUGCCUGAGAGGCAAUAAGUAGUUUGAGAGUGUUUUAAAGUUGGAGCUUACUGGUAGGAGUAGGAGCUGAGUUUAACAGUGGACUGUGUAGCAUCUCUGGUCACCAUAUUCCUGUAGUUGUGUGGUGAUUGUUGAAAUUCUCCUUAAGAAAAUGUAGGUAGAAGGAAAUAAACACAUUGUAAAGGAGGUUUGGCUUUCAUGAAGACUUGUUUAAAGGUUAUGCUGAAAGGAUUUAAGCUGGCUACUGUGUAAUAAUGGGAAUACAGAAAAUACAGUGGGAAAAGGAAACUACCUCAUUCUGUGACGGUUUUGUAGAAGCACAAUUAAACAUUCUAAAAGGGCUUUGUUGCCCAAGAGCCAUCUGGUGUGAAAGAACUAUAUUUGUUUGUCUAAAGGACCUGGAGUAAUUGUAUUUUGCUGGCAACAGACCCAUUCUUUAUUGUUUGCAGGUUCCUCAUCAAAUCUGUAAUUAUGCAGUUUCUGUCAUCAAUAAAACAACUUUAAAGAA